UGCGGGCGGCAGAGCGCGAGAGGAGGCUGCGCGGCUGCGGGGCGCUUUGACUCUCCCUCCACGCAGCCCCCCUGGGCUCUCUGGACUCGGUCUCCUGCUGCUCUCCCGGCUUCCCGAGCCCCAUCCUUAUGGCAGCGGCUUCCCGCGUCUGCGGCGCAGCUUCUUAGCCCACGACCCACUCGCGCCCGGGGCUGAGCCGGGUCACUGGAUGUUGCUGAAACUCUCGGGAUCAUGCGCGGGUUUGGCCGCUGCUUCCCCGUCGGGUGCCGCUGCCACCGCCGCCGCCUGUGCUGCCGCCGUCCGCGGGAUGCUCAGUAGCCCUCUGCCCGGCGCCCGCCUUCGUGUGUUCCUCGGAAGCCGCUCGCUCCUGCGGAGUUGCGCGAACUAGUCAUGGUGCUGUGGGAGUCCCCGCGGCAGUGCGGCAGCUGGACACUUUGCGAGGGCUUCUGCUGGCUGCUGCUGCUGCCGGUGACGCUACUUCUCGUGGCCCGCCCGGCGAGGCUCGCGGCUUUCCCUACCUCGUUAAGUGACUGCCAAACGCCCACCGGCUGGAACUGCUCUGGUUACGAUGACAGAGAAAAUGAUCUUUUCCUCUGUGACACCAACACCUGUAAAUUUGAUGGGGAAUGUCUAAGAAUUGGAGACACUGUGACUUGCGUCUGUCAGUUUAAGUGCAACAAUGACUAUGUGCCUGUGUGUGGCUCCAACGGGGAGAGCUACCAGAAUGAGUGCUACCUGCGGCAGGCUGCAUGCAAACAGCAGAGUGAGAUACUUGUGAUGUCUGAAGGAUCAUGUGCCACAGAUGCAGGAUCAGGAUCUGGAGAUGGAGUCCAUGAAGGCUCAGGAGAAACGAGUCAAAAGGAGACUUCCACCUGUGAUAUUUGCCAGUUUGGAGCAGAAUGUGAUGAAGAUGCUGAGGAUGUCUGGUGUGUGUGCAACAUUGACUGUUCGCAAACCAACUUUAAUCCCCUCUGUGCUUCUGAUGGGAAAUCUUACGAUAAUGCAUGUCAAAUCAAAGAAGCAUCAUGUCAGAAACAGGAGAAAAUUGAAGUCAUGUCAUUGGGUCGAUGUCAAGAUAACGCAACUACAACUAUUAAAUCCGAAGAUGGGCAUUAUGCAAGAACAGAUUAUGCAGAGAAUGCUAACAAGUUAGAAGAAAGUGCCAGAGAACACCACAUCCCCUGCCCAGAACAUUACAAUGGCUUCUGCAUGCAUGGGAAGUGCGAGCAUUCUAUCAAUAUGCAAGAGCCAUCCUGCAGGUGUGAUGCUGGUUAUACUGGUCAACACUGUGAAAAAAAGGACUACAGUGUACUGUACGUUGUUCCCGGCCCUGUUCGGUUUCAGUACGUCUUAAUUGCAGCUGUGAUUGGAACAAUUCAGAUUGCUGUCAUCUGUGUGGUGGUCCUCUGCAUCACCAGGAAAUGCCCCAGAAGCAACAGAAUUCACAGACAGAAGCAAAAUACAGGGCACUACAGUUCAGACAACACAACAAGAGCAUCCACGAGGUUAAUCUAAAGGGAGCAUGUUGCACAGUGGCUGGACUUGCGGGAGCUUGGACUACACAAUACAGUAUUAUAGACAAAAGAAUAAGACAAGAGAUCUACACAUGUUGCCUUGCAUUUGUGGUAAUCUACACCAAUGAAAACAUGUACUACAGCUAUAUUUGAUUAUGUAUGGAUAUAUUUGAAAUAGUAUACAUUGUCUUGAUGUUUUUUCUGUAAUGUAAAUAAACUAUUUAUAUCACACAAUAUAGUUUUUUCUUUCCCAUGUAUUUGUUAUAUAUAAUAAAUACUCAGUGAUGAGAAAAAGUUGGCAUUCUUAAAUUUGCGGUAUCUCAUAACUUUAAGUAUGAUCAAGCUAGUACAAUCUGUACAGGUACCAGUAUUUCAUCUGGCUUCACAUCUUGAGACAGAACAUUAGUUUAUACAGGACUCAGUGGCUAGGGUUUGAGUGAUUCCAAGAGCGAGGGAAAUGAUGGUUAUUGGAAAAGAGAAAAAAUAAUUUAUAUCAAGUGAGGGUAAAAUAUUUCAGAUCUUUGAAUCACCUCUAUUUCAUCAACUUCCUUCCCUGGUCUUCCAUUUUCAUCCCCAGAGCAGAAAAAUCUCCGGCAUAUAAAUUAAAUCAAAGAAGAAGGGUAGGGAAAGUGUUUAUAACUCAUGAAAAAGAGGAAAAGAAGUGUUUUUUAUUUUGGAAGCAUCUUAGAAUCUCCCAGUUAAGUGCAUUAUAUCUGAAGGGUCCUGGACAAGUUUUGUAUUAGAAGUACAUGGAGCACAAAAUCCUCCCAUUUAGGUGAGUGGGAUUAACAAAUAGGGGAAAAAUUUAGUAACAUAUUUAAAUGUGAAAUACCAAAAUCAUGGAUUCUCAGAAGCACCUUGCUGUAUUUAUAGUAUGUAGCUCUUUGAAAAGAAUUUAGAGUCCUAACCAAACACCAUGAAUUGCUUUAUAGCUAAUGCAGCACCAUUAUUUGAAAUGGAAUGAAGAUGAUGAUAAUAUUUCAUGAAAACAAAGAGACAUGUUUGAAGCAUAUUUA